GGGGUCCUUAAUAUCUUUCUCUUCUCGCUCCUUCUCGUGUUGUUGCUGCCGGUGCGCGUGCGAGUUGCGUUGAUCAGCGUUACGGACACAGCGACUUUCUCUACUCCCGUAUCGACUCCAACUGGCAGCGGGAAGUGCUCUUUGCUUCACUCCUAUUUUCCCUUGUUGUGCUUUCACAUCCCCUGUGUACAUUUUUAUUUUCCCAUUUUUCCCCUACCUCUGUGAAUUAUUUCAGAUACCGAACGUCUUUGGAAAAAGUGAGGGGGGCGCAUUCACGCAUGCGAGUCGUCCUCACGUGUGUCCACGAGAGCUUCUUUUUCGCAGCAGUCGACGUAAUUUCGUUGGAGCUUCGGUACCAGGAAAAGCAGGCGUAGCUUGAUAUUUAUUUUUUUACCUUCUCCCAGAUUGCAUCAUUACGCCUGCGCUGCUCCGCGGUCAAAUCUGCCGGAAUUGUCUAUUUGCAUCACCAAAAGCCUCCUUAAUACACACACCCACGCACGCUAAGAAGCUGCCCCGCCGAAUCGGCAGAGACGAGUCAGCUGCAGUGAAGUCCUCUCCUUCUUCCCUUCCUUGUUUGUGUGUUUUCGUGACGGAAGCGCAUCAUCGCCUCUCUUUCGUUUGUUAUUUUCCAUUUAACGGCACUUCGAAAAGGCAAUAAAUUGUUAUUUUUUUCGGCUACUCUCUCCCCGAUAAAACGUUCCCUUGUCUUCUUUUCUUCUUUUUAUUUUUUUAUUGAAAUUCACAAGUAUAUGUAGUGGCUCCCAACGACAAAAGAGAAAGGGAGCUGUAGUGCCUUCGAUUAAAUUAUCCGGCUUUGUCCUUUUAUUUUCCCCCUCUCUCCUACUCUCUCCUACUCUCUUUAUCAAGCUUCAUGGUUCCUCCUUUCUAUUUCUCAAUCGAAUAAGCUUCAUUGUAUUUUGUACUUUUGUUUUUGUCUAUGUGUAUGCGCGCCUCCUGCAGAAGCCCUGUAUUUUCUUCCUCUUCUACGCUGUCUUUUCAAUUUCUUCCCUGAUUGUUUUGAUCCUCUGACUUUUCCUACUUCUCUCACUACUAUUUCUAUGCAUUUGUUCCUGCUCGCCCCGCGUUAAUUUAUUGUGUCGUUUAACUAUUUUUCUUUGGUUUUGGCCGUUCUUUCUCUCCCUCUCUUUCUUCCUCUCGUUUCUGUGUUUGCGAUCAUGCCCUCCGGAGACACGCCGACGAUGGCGUCCCCGGCGCCUGCCAUUCCCUGCUAUCCCCAACACUCUACAAACCCAUUUGACGGCGGCUAUGACAUGACAAACGGGGGUGGUAUGUUCGUCAUGGACGGCACCGAGGAGACAGGAGCGGGGAAGUACGACAACGAAGGCGAGAAUGCCUUCGCUACGACGACUACGGGAUCUUAUCACACGUUAUACAACGUGCCGUCCUACUAUCAAGCCGGAACGUACGGCGGUGGCGGUAACAACGGUGCAAACUACCCAGCGCAGAGCAGCCGGAAGCUACCGGGUGGUAGAGCACCUCUUCCUCUCGCCUCUACGGACAACUACCGCAAUGGUAGCGUUAACGAAGCCGCUCCUGCAGCACCGAACCAACUGUACGGUUCUACUGGGAUGAACACGACAGCGGAAGGCCCGACGGUGCCGGACAGCGGCCAUGGCGGCACCAGUGCUGCAUAUGACUACAACGACCUAGGCGACUUCUACGGAGUCGGUGUUGGUGCCGCUAGUGCUGGGUCGAGGGAAGGUAAUAGCUGUGUACCAUGGCGCAAUCGAUCUGGCGCGACGACGGCCACAUCGUUGGGGGACUGCCACCUGUCUCGCAAAGAGGACGGCGGCUUCACCCCGCAAACGGAGAACACGUUCCUGCAGUCACACGGCAGCUUCGGCGCACGCAGUCUCGAGUCUCGCGCAGGCGACCACAGCGCCGUGUCGGAGGAGGGCAGUGCGUACGAUGCAGCGUACUACGGCCACCUGGCCAGUCAACACGAAAGUGAGCCGGGCCUUCUACUGCAGCAGCAGCAGCAGCAACGACGUUUGUCGGGGUCGUUUCGCAAGGGCAACAUGUCAUCUUCCGUCACGUCGAAGAGCGCCAGUGGAGGCAGCAUCUCCCGCCUGUCCAAAUCAAGCCAUACGGCUCCGUCCAUCGCACCCUCUCCCGCACAGCGCUCAGCCCCACCGCGGUCACCUCCCGCGCAGAAUACUACCGCGCCAAAGCCGGCUGCGCAGCGCAAGCGCAGCUCCACGGCGGCCCAAGAAGCCGAAGAGGGGGGACGCCAGGAACUGCGGAAGUCGCGAUCGUUUCACUCCUACGCGGAAACUUAUGGAGCAGCCGGCUGCUCGCCGCUCUACGAUAUAGACGGCCGCUCUACAGGUAACGCAACACCGCCCGAUACCGUCCAUGAGACAGUGGUGGUAGCUGCAGCACCAGCGGUGCCGGCGACCCCCUCAGCCUCCCCCGCAAAGCCAACGCCGUUACCAUCACCACCACCAAAGGCGACGUUGAACCGCAGUCGGCAGGUGAAGCCGGGCAGGAUGCUCACAAGUCGGAAGGUAUCACUGCAGCCCAUCAGCGACAUUCCGUUGCUGCCCGACGUGCCCGACAGAGAACCUCCUCGUGAACCGCGGUCACCCUUACGCCGUGAAUCGGAAGCUUCUGCGCUGGCACCAAUGCAAAAGGUGGCCGCUCCAGCAAAGGCCGCGUCCAACGCCGCCUCUCCGCUGCGCGCGAAGUUGAAGAAGCCGGUCGGCAAGGGCGGCAACGAGGGCAAACGACGAGCGCUCGGCGAGGGCAGCGACGCCGCCUCCUCCCAGUCCGGCAGCUCCACUUCUCAGCAAGCGCGCACACCGCCGUCGUGCAGACCGUCAACAGACAAAACGACUCCUACGUCGAAGCGCCAAGACACGGUCCUACCUCUCACGUCGGCCACUACUACCAGCGCCACGACGCUAGCACCACCCGCGAACGCAAUGUCGGGAAAGGACUCUGCACGGAGCAACGCAGGCAGAGGCAACCAAGCGCCUACCACCCCAGCCACCACCAGAGACGCAGCGACGACCACGUCCACGCUUUCUGUGAAUCAUAACAAAGAAAGCACCCGCUCCUCGCCUUUAUCAGUGCAUCUCGCGAAGGCGGUGGGAGCACCCGCCGGCGCGCCGGCGAUCCUUUCACCGCAGCUCACGGCAUUUACGGCCUCCCCGCCACCAAGCGAAAGUCGCACCCCAGGUCGCUUUUUCCGACGUCGCCACAUGAGCCAACAGGUGGUACCGCUGUCGGCGACGGAGGUCUCCAAGCCAGAGACGUCAUCGGCCCAGCCAGCUCCAACCCGAACGCCGCCGACAUCGGCGGGGUCCCGAGGGGCGUCAAACAUUGUCCCCACAACGACUCCUCCAAAUCACGACAUACACGGUAGCUCUCUCGCCUCCAACGUGACGCCGAUGGCGACGAACAACGUAGGAGGUGAGAAAUUCGGAGGUGGUGUUGGUACUCGUAGGAACGUAAAUGACGACGGCGGGAGUAAACCGCAGUUGCCAUCGCCACAGGGACGUCGACGGCCGUCGAUCGCCGCCAACGUCGCGCCGCCGUUUGACGGUGCUGGGGUGACACGGGAUCGUAACUUCAGCAACGGCCGCGUCAGUCGCCACCGCAGCGGCAGCGACAUGCACUCGCUGACGGACGUCGCCGGCACGGCGCAGACGCGUUCGUACCCGUCGUUGGACCUGUCCGUCGAUGAAGGCACAAACCCGUACCUGCAGCGUCGCAGCUCCUCGUGGUCCGGGCACUCCACCGCCGCCAGCAGCGACUCUGGAGACAGGACACACCACUCCGCCUCGCGUGCAAAGCGCCAGCAGGAUCGCGUGCUGCCAAAUAUAGAGGAGAUGGGGCAGUUCAGUAAGUCACGAUUUGGCCUCCGCUUGUAG